UUUUCCUCUGCUUUUUAUAAAGAAAACCUCUGUUUUCCACUUCAUACUCAAAAUUCUUCUCUUCUUCUUCUUCUUCUUCUUCUUCUUCUUCUUCUUCAUAUUUCACUUACACACCACAAAAAUGCUAAUUGGUGGUAAAAUUCGAGUGAAGAAGAGAGCAGAUUGGAUUGAAAAUUUGCUGAAUUGCAAGUUCUUUGAAUCGUGUGGAUAUCACAGAGAAUUCAGAAGAAAUGAGAAGAACAUGUUUUGUAUUGAUUGUAAUCUUUGUUUCUGCAAGCACUGCGUAACUUCUUCGUCACACUGCUUUCAUGAAUGGCUUCAAAUCUGCAAAUAUGUUUAUCAUGAUGUUGUCAGACUCCACGAGAUUCAGAAACAUCUAAAUUGUUCUGAAAUUCAGACUUACAAAAUUAAUGGUGAAAAAGCUAUACAUCUAAAUCCACGACCUCAAUCCAAAGAUAGCAAAACUUCAAAGCUAAAGGGCAAUGUAACUUGUGAAGCUUGUGGGAGACACCUCCAAGAUUUGCCAAGUCGAUAUUGCUCCAUCGCUUGCAAAGUAUCGAUAGAUGCAAAUAUUUGCAGAGACCGUCAGAAGAACUUCGUCUCCACUCAAAUUACGAAAUUUGAUCACUCAAAUGAAAAUGAAUCCUGCAUCUCUUUGAAUGAGUCCUCAGAGGUAAUUCAAACGUGGUGCAUUUCAACUUUGAAACCAAAGAAGAAUUUGCAUAAGAGGAAAGGCAUUCCUAGAAGAGCUCCUAUAUGUUAGAUAUUAUUCAAAUGAACGCCAAGAACAUCAUCCUUACUACUAAAAAGGAGGCUCUUCGACUAAAAAGCAUUUUGAUAGGUGCAUCAACCGUCAUUCACUGGGGAGAAAGGAGACAAGAACGCACGAAAAUGGACCGCAGAUGGUGAUCGUGGUUGAUUCGAAGAUCUUUCAAGUUUUAUUUUGCAUUUUUAAGUAGCAUUUUUAGUUGGGAUGUACAUGAACAUAUUAUAAGAAUAAUGUCGAUCUAUUAUACAAAAAAUGUUCAA